GGUCCGUUUGUUUAAUUCAAGAAGGCGGUUUGUUUGGAACUUUUAGUUUGCUGGAAUAGCGUGACAGAACCUAUAUGUGUUUACAUUGGAUGUCUCUUUAUUUCUUUAGCAGAGUAAGAAGUCGAAUACGGUUCGGAGAAAGAUGGAGAACCUUAUGAAACAUUCGUUGAGUCAGCUUGUUCGACGAAUACCGACCAAAGUUCUAAAAGUGACGCUGGAGAAGUGGGGCCGUUUGACCUCGGUACAGCUGCAAAACAUCGAUUUCACUCUAUCAAAAUGGGCAUUGACGGACGAACUAAUCACCCUUUGUGAGGAAAACGGAUGCAAUGUUCGUCAUAUAGCAGAGUUAGAGAUGAUAUAUGUCAUUGACAAUCCAAACCAGGGGAUGUGGUGUGCGUUCCAACUCAUGGACCCUGAGUCUGAUGCUGCAGCUGUUGAGUUGAUGCAGUUCAAGGAACAAUUCAAAUGUCACCUCAGUGAGCUUGUAAGAAAUGUGUCUAUCAAGAUGAAGAAGAAUACAGAUGAAGCGGUUUGGAUACGCAUUGCAUGGGAGGACAACUUCUCUCGACCAAACAACAUGAGACCAACUUAUGUCGUUCACUAUCUUCAAACUCCUUACGUGUUUGUGACUAGACUGACGUCCAAGCAAAAGCCCCUGUUGUCCCAGGCUCUGAUUAUAGCCACCCGACAUCAGUCUAUUAAGGAUGCUAACCUCAGUGGACGAAAACUCUCAGCAAUUCGGGACCUGCUUAUGCGGCAGUAUGAACAGGUGUUCCCUACAAUGUAUCCCAGCCCUCUUGUAGAAAAGAAUCAAAUAGCCUCACACCCCCACAUAGAGAAAGAACAAGCUAAGACAGAAAUAAACCGACGUCAGAUGGCAUGUGAGGCGUUUGGUGGUGGCAGGUUACCACAGCUAGAAUCUGUAGUUUACAAGAUGGAGACAAAGUACAAAGGCCCAACAAACCAGAGGAUUGCAGAACGAGAGACACCGUUUAAGUGCGUCAUCAAGUUUUCAAGCACAAAUCUGUUGGAGUCAUUCCGGCACGGCGCUUCUUCAGGAAUUGUUUCCACUCCUGUAUCAGUUCUGCUUUCAUCCAUCCCCCGAAAAGGAAGGAAUUGUUUUGUCGUCACAGACAAAGUCACUGGACAAUCUGUUAACUGACAUUUUUUAUACUUUUUAUUAUUUUUAUUUUGUAAUAAUUCCUAAAUUUUAAGAUGCCAUGGUCUGUGGAGUUUUACUGUGAUUUUUUUCUUUAAAUAAAAUGCAGCUCAGUGCCUAGUG